CAGACGCGCAAAUAAGUUAACAUUUUAAUAUUACACACUUUCCGCUUUGAGCAGGAACUGCACGGGCGAGUAAAGGUCGACGAGACAGCCCUUUAUUCGCACUGCAUGUUACUCGAUAGAACAGUGGGAGGAGAGAAAGAGAGGGAGAUUGUGACGGUUCAUUUAAAAGCGCAUGAUCGCCAGAGGAAAACGAUCUGAUAGACGAUGAGAGAAUCGAUCAUCUGACCUGUCCUUUUCCAAUUAAGCCUCUCAUACCGUCUUCAUCUAUGCUGCUUUUCCCCAUGACUUGAAGGCUGGAGUAGGAAGAUAAAACUACGGGAUUACUGUUGUUGUAAUUUUUUAAUCAAACUGCAUUUCAUAGACUUUAUGACUAUGUCGCUUUACGUUGAGGGUCUAAGUAAGGAGUUACCGAGCAACAUCAACAGGAUGGCUCAGUUCCAGGAAGUGAUGCGACACCAGCUGGAGAGCUCUAUGCAUGCUGAGCUGGAGAAGCUCUUGAGUACAGUCAAAGGCAUAGAUGCCGAGGUGUCUAAGAAGGACUUUGAAGGCUUUAGGAAGUUAUUCCACCGAUUUCUCCAGGUGAAGGGACCUUCAGUAGAGUGGGCAAAAAUCAACAGGCCUCCUGAGGACUCGAUCCAGCCUUAUGAUAAGGUCAAGGCAAAGGGUCUCCCAGACAACAUAGCAGACAGUCUGAACAAGCUUGUGGUGGUGAAGCUGAAUGGAGGUCUGGGAACCAGCAUGGGCUGCAAAGGGCCCAAGAGUCUCAUUAGUGUCCGUAACGAGAACACUUUUCUGGAUCUGACCGUCCAGCAGAUUGAGCACUUGAAUAAAACAUAUAAUGCUGAUGUUCCACUGGUGCUCAUGAACUCUUUCAACACGGACGAAGACACCAAGAAGAUCCUACAGAAAUACACACACCACAGAGUCAAGAUACACACUUUCAACCAGAGCAGGUAUCCACGGAUAAAUAAGGAGUCACUGUUGCCGGUUGCUAAGGACAUGGGUAUGACAGGAGAGAAUGCGGAUGUGUGGUAUCCUCCUGGUCACGGUGACAUUUACGCCAGUUUUUUUAACUCUGGUCUGUUGGAGCAGCUCAUCGCUGAAGGGAAAGAAUACAUUUUUGUCUCUAACAUCGAUAACCUGGGCGCCACCGUAGACCUGUACAUACUGAAUCACCUGGUGGGCCAGCCCAACGGCAAACGCUGCGAGUUCAUCAUGGAGGUCACAGACAAGACCAGAGCAGAUGUGAAGGGAGGUACACUCAUUCAGUAUGACGGUAAGCUUCGGUUACUGGAGAUUGCGCAGGUUCCGAAGGCUCAUGUAGAUGAAUUCAAAUCGGUCACCAAAUUUAAGAUCUUCAACACUAACAACCUGUGGGUCUCCCUGUCUGCCAUAAAGAGACUGCAGGAACAAAACGCCAUGGACAUGGAGAUCAUAGUCAACCCUAAGACUCUAAAUGGGGGUCUGAAUGUAAUUCAGCUGGAGACUGCAGUGGGCGCUGCCAUCAAGUGCUUUGAUAAUGCCCUGGGCAUCAACGUACCCCGCAGCCGCUUCCUGCCUGUCAAAACCACAUCUGACCUCCUAUUGGUCAUGUCCAACCUGUACAGCCUGGAGGCGGGCUCUCUGACCAUGAGUGAGAAGCGUGAGUUUCCCACUACUCCUCAUGUCAAACUGGGCAGCUCCUUCACCAAGGUUCAGGAAUAUCUCACACGAUUCGAGAGCAUUCCAGACAUGCUGGAGCUGGAUCACUUGACGGUGUCUGGUGAUGUGACCUUCGGAAAGCAGGUUUCUCUAAAGGGAACUGUCAUCAUCAUAGCUAACCAUGGAGACCGAAUCGACAUUCCAGCUGGCUCCAUGUUGGAAAAUAAAAUUGUGUCCGGAAACCUUCGGAUCCUGGACCAUUGAUGCCGCUGUCAUGUUAGCUGGAUGCAUCAUCACAUGGCCUAUCCACACCUGCCACUCUCAGAGCCUCCAUCAGUGGAGCUGAUCGCAGCAUACAGUGCCACCGAUACCAUAAACAAUUUCCACAUCAUUCCAGAGACAUUUAUUUUUGUAGUAGUCUGGGUCUUGUGUUUUUUUUCCCCCUCCUAUUGGUGUUUUUGUCCUUUAAUAGUCCUUAGAUCUGUCUGUAUCAAAAGAUUUCACUUUAUGUAUGUAACAUUAGCACAAAAAUUCACAUCAUUAUGUUUUGUUUGUUUUUGUUUUUACUAUGAGAAUGAAGUAUUUCUCUUAUUGUAUCUAUGAGAUCACAAAUUGACCCAUCCGGGUCAAUGUACUCUACUUGCUCAAAAAUGUGAAAGAAAGAGUGGAUGCAAGAGGGGUAAAGCAAUGAGCGACCUGCAAAAGUGAAGGUUGACAGUUCUGUCAUUGCAUUCUAGAGCCUGUUCUAGUUCCUGAAAGUUCUGUGGAAAUAAAUAAAAUGCAAUAGGAAACAGAA